GAGAAUCCUGGGUUCAGGGCGGGCACAGCAGCAUUGCAAACAGUGAACGUCCUCAACAACUACUUGGCUUCACUGCAGUGGCAGCUCUACCAGGCGCCCGAAGGAUUUCAGGCACUCGGCCGGGCGAAGGAGGUCAUCGAAGAGAUGUCGCGCUACGCCAACAGCGCCCAGGGCCAGAACCACGGGAUCCGACGCAUUCUCGAGUCGCUGGAGCCCGUGGGGGACACGCUGGACCACGUCACGGAGCAGCUGGCGGGGCUGUCCGCCUCAGUUCUGAACAUGGAGCAGUCAAUGGGCCAACUGGCCCAGAUGGUCGUUCAGAUCGGCGCUGCAGUCAUGGCCCUCGCGCACGUAGCGAACCAUGCAGGAGUCAACCAGCUCAUCCAGGAGCUCAUCCACGAGAGCGAGGGCCCGACGACCGCGACCACGAUGGACCCGCUCACCACGACGGCGGCGGACAUCAGCUGGGAGAUCCUCUCGGAUAUCAGCGAGAUCAACGAGGUAUAG